AAAUUCCUGAUGAGAUUGGGGCUGGAGUUACUCAAGCCACCUGCAUUGUAAGGUUGGCGUUUCAGUAUUACAAAAUAAGGCCAAGUGCCUGCGUUUGCCCUAGAUUGUGUCCAAAAUUUUAGGUAGGAGCUGUGGAAAUUUGGGAACGUGGAGAUUCGGAGCCGUAGGACAGUAAGCGGUAUAGUAUGCCUAAGUUGAUACGUUUUCGGAAGGCUGUGGGCGCCACCAUUAAUUAACAAACGAAUGGUGGCACUAUAUUGUUUAACGUGCUCCCGUUUGCCCUGAGCUAGCUAGCUUCGAUCAAAGUCAACCAUGACAGUACAUACUAACUGGUUGUCAUUAGUGUAAUAUUUUACACUGACUAAAAUUAUUACUAAACUUCUGUCAAUACUUAACAUUAAUGUGACGUGCUGAAUUUGUGGCUCACCCCUUCACAGAAGCUCAAAAUACUUUUUCUCGUUUGGUAGAUUACUUUUUCGGUGAAAGAAUCCAGCAGAUUUUUUUGCCUCGGAUAUAAUUCUCUCUAUUAACAAUAAGAGCUCAUCUGGCCUCUAAAUCGGCAAGAAAUCGUGAGCGUACCAUUGCCGAAAUGAUAUUACUCUGGUCCUAAAAUUGAGUUAUGAUGACCCAAUGAACCAUCGUGAAAUCGUUUUUGAUCUAUCGUAUCUUAAGUUACGAUGGGUAAUCCAUCGUAAAUUUAGACAUGAUGAAUCGUAGUGUUUCGUAAAAUUGACCCUUACCUGGUCCCUAAUGUAACGAUAUGGGUUUUGGGGUUUAAAAUAAUGAAUAAUUACGAGGAGCAUGAAUAAUGUAAUGUUAUUUUUUGGCUGUUCCUUUUAGUGUACUUACCCCGCCAGUGUAAUAGCCCUAGUUAACAAGUUUGGACAUAUGUUCGUGGACAUUUAGGUCAUUUGAUAAUUCUAUCUUGAGAAUGUUUAUUUGGUAACAGUAUGUCAUCAUCAUUGUCAGUAAUCAAAGUCAACACUCCUUCUGAGUCAAUUUUAUGCGCGACGAGGGGUUGUAGUCAUUGCAUUACGGUAAGAGCGCUACCGCUCACAUGGUUUGUCCUCUUGCGAGCGAGCCGUGAAGGAAGCUUAGACCAAGCCAACUCUUGGCCAAAAGUCGCUCACUUUUCUCUCAUUUUUGGAUUCUAAUUAAGUAUUGAGUAGAUAAUGUAAGGGACAUAGAAGAGCUGAGACUUUUUGCUGAGACUGUCAAGUCACAAGCUUUGAAGGUUGACAUCUCAAGUGCAUUAGUUACAGGCCUUCUCUAUUUUAUAUCAGGGUAAGACUGUAAUUCUCUUUGUAUGCUUGAUUAAUUAGUCAUCCUAUCUAGUAUUAUUUUGGAGUGAUCAUGACACUGUCUACAAACAAUUAUUUAUAGUUUAUGCUGUAUAAUUAAAAUACCUGUUGUUUAUAAUAUUAAUUUAAUCCAAUGACUUUGGAACAAGACUUACAAAAGUUUAAGAUCAAUUCAUUUUAUUCAUGGUCAACAGGGUCUUCUUUUAUGAUCUUCUUAGUCAUCGUCUUCAUUCAGGGAACUUCAUUUGGGUCUUUCCCUGUGUCUUAUUCGGAUCUUCAUUGUCGUCUUAUUGGAAUCUUUAUUCGGAUCUUCAUCUGGAUUAUUUUGUAUAAUUGGAGAAAGUGAAUUAAAUUAAAAGUUAAUCAAGUGAAUCAGUGUAAAAAAAACAUCUGAGUGUUCCAGUUCAAUUCUACUUGCUUUCCACCUUACUCUAUCUUCAUGAGGGUGAACCUGACCACCCUUAUCAUCGUUGGGGUUGCCACCUCGCGACACUAACAAGCAUUGUAAAGCUGCCUUGAUGAGACUGGCAAGGACUUAAGAAUGGCAAGAGACGAUCUGCAGAAAGUUAAAAAUGAAAGGCAUCAUAUACAGCAGGAGCUUCAAGAACAUGAACAACACAAAGCUGAGGCCCAGGGUAACCUAGCUAGGUUGCGUGCCUCCAUUGAGAAAACGCAACAAUCACUGAUGCACAUCACAGUAGAACUCGGGACCAAGCAGGAAGCAUUGCACCAGCUGAACAGGGAUGUAGUAGAGCACCACCAAGAGGCUGAGAGUAGCCAGCAACAUGUGGAGAGAGUGCAAGCUGAUGUUGAACAGGAAGAGAACAGAUUGUCAAGACUUAUUGGUGGUAUGACUGUUGAAGCUGAGCAUCUUUGUUCUGAUGUUGCUAUGAAAAGGCAAGAAUUAGAAGAAAUAGGACUGCAAUUAAUAAAGGUACAAACACAGUGUGAGGAGCAACAACAGAGCAGAAAGACCAUCACAGAACUACAGGCACAGAUCAAAGAACUUGAGAGUGGUAAAAAAGAGCGUCUGGAGGAGAAGACUAAGCUUGUUGAAGCGCUUAACUUCUCACACUCGGAGAUAAAUUCUUUCCGGAAGGAAAAAGAAAACGUUGAGAAGAUUUUAUCAGAGACCAUGUCACAGCUUGAUGAGGCCAACGAUAGACUGUACCAAGCCAAGCAGAGGUUCAAAAACAGACAAACAGAGCUGGAGCAAGAGAUAAAAGAAGCCAAUACGGCCACUGAUGAGCACUGCUUGCAAGCAGAUAGACUCAGUCUCAAACUCAAGGAGGUCACCCAGCUAUAUAUCCAGCUCCAGUCACAGGUCAGUAGAGCAUUGGUAGUCACUUUUGUCUGCACUUCUGUAUGGCAUUAUUCAAAAAGACUUCACAGUUACAAAGUCAAAUAUUAGUUCACAUUGGGAUCUUGUAAAAUGGUUUUCCUCUGGCACUUUGUCAGAGAAACCCUGAUAUUUAUUGUCAGUCUUCAAUUAAUUGUGAUAUACAGUGAAAUCUCGAUAAGUCAAACUCUGAUAACUUGAAAAUCCCUUUAACUCGAAGUAAGAACUUAUUCCCGUCAAAAGAAUAGCAAAUCAUGUUUAAAAAUGCCUGCACUUACUCAAAAUUUCGGACCGAAAAAAAAAAAAAAACCGGUUAAGUCAAACUGGAUAUCACCAGGUGCAGAAAUAAACUUGCGUAAUUAGGCCACAGAAGAAGCUGGAAUCUUUUUGUUAAGUUAAGAAAUCUUCCAGGACCAAAUCAAUAAACCCAAACUCAGGUGUAAAAAAGCAACAAAGAUGCUAUAUUGGCGUUCAUAGUAUCCUUGAAGCAGCCUAUUCACUGCAGUAGGCCUACUGUGCAACCCAAGUGAAGCAAGGGCGGAAAUCGCUCCUUGAAAUUAUUCUCCCCGAAAUUAUAUUACUCACAAAAAGUCACAGGCUGAACGCACAACUUUCCACUCGUAAUAUUGCCAUGGGGUAUGGCAGCCAUAGCGAUGUCAUCGCAAAACUUCUGGAUCCUGGCUCUCUGCUU